UGAAAUUAAACCAGUACACCUUAUAUUAUUUUUAUCGCCUCCCCAAACCUCUCCCUAUCACAAUGGUAAAAAAAAAAAAAAAAUGGCCUGAGGCUGAAGCCAGCUGCAACUCAGCUACACUGCAUCGAUCCAUUCCAAGCCAACAAAGCAAGCUGUAAACAGAAAGCCAGCCAAUAUACCAACCAGAUCAGCCCUGGGAGUCUUGGAUGAACGUUAUCCACUGAAGACAGUAUUUUAUUAGGUUAGCUAAGUAGCAAUUUAUCUGCAUUACCAAACAAGCUAAUGCUAAAACCACAAUAUCACCAUAGAUUUCACAGGCUUUGUAGUAAUAUUAGGUUUGACUAUGGGUUGGACGCCAGUCAUUUGUUGAUGUUAGUGGACUCCAAUUCUAAGCUAAAGUUAAAGUUAGGGGAGAGAAGGCACUCUGGAGCACACGUAGACAUAUACUUUAUACUUUAUACUGGAUUUACCCAGAAAAAAUCUGUUACAUAGAAAUCUCCCCAUAGGCUUGUUUAGGCCUCCGGAGAAAGUCGGAGAAGGUCUCAUUUUUUAAGUUACAUUACAAUCCAUUUACAUAUUGGCAAUACAAAUAAAUUGUAAAUAGUUUACAGCCUGCUACAAUAUAUCUAUACCAGUCCAUCAAUAAGACAUGUAAAGAUUGCUGCAGUGUCACACUUCUGCAUCUCAUGGUGAGGGUUAUGCACAUUCUUUCUAUUUUGGUUUAUAUGGUCACCGAAACAAGAACUUUACUGUGGAUGUUACACAGAGUGAAACUAAUUAUGUUGUACAGUGAAUUGCACAGUGUCUCUUCUCUCAACCUCAUAGUUCUUUUACUUCUCUAUUAUGCUUUUCAUAAGCAGCCCCCAUACCCACUUAUCACCCACUUGACACGACUGGCUCAACUUGUUUCUGUAUGGUAUGUAAACACAUGCAUGCAAAAGCUGAUAAGACGAGCAGGAACAAUGUAUUUACUGUAGAACAGGUAUGUUUAUGUGCAGUGACGGUGCUCUUUAUGCUGAUUGCAUGCCUGUAAAUCUUCAAUGAAGUCAGCAGGAAUUGAGGAAUGAGAUGACGGAAGCAACGCCAGCCUACAUGAGUUCAAAACUGAAACUGUUGCUGCACUUGAACCUCACUUCUGCCAGAGGAUGGACACGGAACAACAGGACUGGUUGAUCACAUGACUAACUUGGAGAACAGAUAUGGCUUCUGUCCCAGAGCUGCUCUUGAACACUUUGGAGGAGCUGGUUGAUAAAGAGCUGAGGACUUUCCAGUGGUUCCUUUACAGUAAUGUUCUUGAAGGAUUCUCACAUAUUCCCAAGUCUCGGGUCGAAGGGGUGGACAGGCCAGGCACUGUGAACCUUUUGGUGCAGACAUAUGGCUAUGACGGGGCUGUUACAGCCACUGUGGAUAUACUGAUGAGGAUGAAACUCAAACUGUGGGCUGAAACACUAAAGAAGAAGUACGAUGAAGUUCCAAGUAAUCAAGUAAGCAAAGAAAUUGACCACCAUCCAAUCCAAGAAAAACUGAAAUCCACCCUGAAGGAAAAGUACCAAAACAUUUACGAGGGGAAUGCAGAUGAAGGAGAUACCGUCUACCUGAACAAAAUCUACACCAAGCUGCACAUUAUUGAAGGAGCCUGGGGAGGCUUCAGCGAGGAGCAUGAGGUUAGACAGCAGAGGUCCAAUUAUGUAAUGACAGAAGAAACCUCAAUUAAUGUUAGCAACAUUUUUAAACCCAAACUCAUCUGGAUCACGUCCAGACCUGCAGCAGCUAGCCGGAUCCCUCGAAAGCACAUCCACCAGUGGACGGAGGUGAAGGGUUUCGCUAAUGAACAGAAGGAGGAAUACUUUAAGAGGCAUUUGCGUGAUGAUAACCUCGCCAUCAGGGUCAUUAACCAUGUGAAGUCAUCAAGAAGCCUCUACAUCAUGUGUCAGAUACCAGUUUUCUGCUGGAUCACAGUCACUGUAAUGAAGAAAAUGUUUCGCGAAAAUAUGAUAGGAGGCAUGCCCAACACCCUGACAGAGAUGUACGCAUAUCUCCUUCUUUGCCAGACAGACCGGAUGCUAGAAGGGCACUACCCAAUGAAAAGCGACAACGUUGUUUUGAAGCUGGCAGAGCUGGCAUUCCGUCAAUUGGAGAAAGGAAAACUGAUCUUCUACGAGGCUGACUUGAAAGAGUGCGGCAUGGAUGUCAAAGAGGCAACCAUCUACUCAGGAGUUUGUACAGAGAUCUUUGUGGUGGAGGGCAGAAAGAAGAGAGAAGUUUUUAGCUUUGUACAUUUAACUAUCCAGGAGUUUCUGGCAGCUGUGUAUGCCCAUCACUGCUACAUGCAAAGAAAGGAGAAUGUUCUUCUUGGGUACUUAAAAAGGAUGUCUACAAGAUGGCUCCCCAAGUCUGUGUUCAGUUUUCACAAGACUGCCAUUGAAAAAGCCUUGGAGAGUCCAGACGGCCGCUGGGACCUCUUCCUUCGCUUUCUCCUAGGACUAUCGCUGAAGUCGAACCAGCAGCUCCUGGGUAGAAUACUGCAUUUGGAAGCAGAAGAAGAGGAAGAUGUGAUGAGAACCAUCCAGUUUAUCAAGGAAAAGAUAAAAGAGGAACCAGAGGCCAAGCUCAACCUCUUUCACUGCCUGAGUGAGCUCAAAGAGGAGUCUUUGGUGGAGGAGGUCCAGAGCUUUGUGAGUUCUGGGAAGCUUGCAGCCAAAAAGCUGUCUCCAGUCCAGUGGUCCGCUCUCACUUUCGAACUGAUGACAUCAGAGUCAACAGAGGAGGAGUUUGACUUGAAGAAGUACAUAAGAUCAGAAGAAGGGGUAGGGAAGCUGCUGACCGUCAUUACUUCCUCCACACGUGCUCUGCUAAAUCGCUGCAACCUUACGGAGAACUGUUGUAAAGAUUUGGCCUCCGCAUUAAGCUCGACCUCGUCUCACCUGACAGAGCUGGACCUGAGUGACAACCAACUGAGGGAUUCAGGAGUGAAGCUACUUUCUGUUGGAUUUAGAAGUCCACAUUGUAAACUGAAGAGUUUAAGACUACAUAAGUGUAAACUGGAAGGAGAUUGCUGUGAAGUACUGUCUGUUGCUCUUAGCACAGAAUCUACCGACCUCAAAGAACUGGACCUGAGUGCUAAUGACCUCCGGGAAGCAGGAGUGAAGGCUCUGUGUGUGGGACUGCGCAGCCAACACUGCAAACUAGAAACAUUGAGGUUGAAUCAGUGCAAGCUGAAAGAGAAUUCCUGUGCAGAUUUGGCUACAGUUUUGAGUUCAGGCACAUCUCACCUGAAAACUCUUGACCUGAGCAACAACAGCCUGACGGAUUCUGGUGUAUCCCUGCUUACUGCUUGGCUGAGGAGUCCAGACUGUAGACUGGAAACGCUAGGGCUCAGCUGGUGCGGCCUUACAGAGAAAUGCUGCCAUCACAUUGGCUCAGCUCUCAGCUCCGACUCUGCCCACCUCAGAGAGCUGGACCUGAGUGGAAACAACCUGCAGGGUCCAGACAUACAGCUGCUGUGUGCUGGAUUGAGAAGUCCACACUGUAAACUGGAGACAUUAAGGUUAAACGAGUGCAAUCUCCAGAAAUGCUGUGCUGAUUUAGCCUCAGUCCUGAGCUCUGACACAUCUCACCUGAAGGACCUUGAUCUGAGUGGGAACGACCUGCAGGACACAGAAGUGAAACUUCUCUCUGCUGGACUGGCAAGUACGGACUGUAAACUGGAGAUUUUAAGGAUGUCGUUCUGUGGAGUCACAGAGAAAGGCUGCACCUAUUUGGCUUCAGCACUGAGCUCCAACCCUUCUCACCUGAGGCAGCUGGACCUCAGCUACAACUACCUGCAGGACACUGGGGUGAAGCUGAUCUCCGUUCAUUGGAACGACCCGCUCUGCAAACUUGAAAAAAUAAGUGUGGACCAUAAUGCAAAGUGCUACUUGAAAUCCAAACUGAAAAACUAUGCAUGUGCACUGACGUUGGACUCAAAGACAGCUGCCAAGUCUCUCUUUCUGUACGACAGUGGAAAGCAGGUGACGUGGGUCAGGGAGCGACAGCAGUACCCAGAUCACCCCGACAGGUUUGAGAGCGUCUCCCAGGUGCUGUGUCACCAAGACCUCACCCAGCGCCACUACUGGGAGGUGGAGUGGCGAGGACGCUGGGUGGAUGUGGCUGUGGCUGUGAGGGGGAUCCGUAGGAGGGCGAGCUCUCACCUCUGUGGGUUUGGGUACACAGAGCAGUCGUGGAGUCUGUACUGCUCUGAGGAUCACUACAGCGCUCAGCACGACCACCAGUCUGUGGAAAUACCAGCACCUCCGUCUCGUUCCCACAGGGUCGGAGUGUUCCUGGACUGGCCUGGUGGCACCCUGUCCUUCUACAGCGUCUCCCCCGGGACCCUCAGCCACCUUCACACGUUCUAUAGCACCUUCACUGAGCCCCUCUACCCUGGGUUUGGGAUGGAGGAGGAUGACUGCUCUGUAACUAUUUGUACAGUGGAGGGUUUGCCAGAACUCAUUUCUCGGUCAGCUAGUGCAGAAAGAAUUGAGGAAUUCUAAGUGCAGGUCGAUUAAAGAUAUUUAAUUUAGUGUUUUUUUGGCUCUCAGAGGCAGUGCUGGAGAAUGAUAUGUGAUGAAUAGCAAAAAAGACAAAAAUAAGACUAAUAUAUAUACAGUAUAUAAAAAUAUAAAUAAUUAAAUACUAUCUUUCAUUAAUGAUGUUUCUGUUAAACACCCAGCUAUAAAUGCACCAUUAGAAGACAGUGACACAUACUUUUCAAACUGAAUGCUACCAAUGAGCACAGUCUACAGCCAUGCUAGCAGCUCUGAGAGGCUGUACUUGUGUAAAACUGCGUUAAUCUCAAUGCUAAAGUCAGCAUGCUAACAUGCUCACAGUGGCAAUGCUAACAGGUUGAUGUUUAACUGGUAUAAAGUUCACCAGGUUCACCAUUUUAGUUUCGCGUGUUAGCAUGGUAACAUUUGCUAAUUUGUGCUAUAUAUUUAAAGACAUAUAUAUGUAUAUACUAAUUGGAUAAAUAAUAUACACAAUAAUGUUUCAUUUGAAAAUGUUUUCUUUGUUUUUAUUGAUUAACUUCAUGUUACCAUGUUCAUGAGUUUAGUUUAGCAGGUUAGCAUGCAAAGAUAAUGAUGAUGAUAAUUAGGAUGAACUGCAUAGUAUGGGCUGAGGCCUGAUGUGGGAACAACCACCCAUCUGUACCAAAUGUUAUGGAAUCCAACUCCAAUAAUCUGUGUGUGUGUGUGUGUGUGUGUGUGUGUGUACUUUAACGGCCUAAACUGCCUGAUUUCACAGCAGCUUCAUCAAAAAAUUGCAAUGCAUGUUGCCAAUGCUUUUAGGUAUUUUUUGCAAUAAAUUGUGAAAGAAUUAAAAAUUGAAAAAUGGCUUUUUUAAAAGUAAUGAAUUUAAAAUUGAAGGGUAAAUUGUUCCAGUGAGUAUAAAAUCACAUGGACCGCUAAAUGUGAGACCAUUUGCAUCGCAUGUAUCUGCAUCCUUCACAACUAGAAACAUAAAAACAAGGAAGGGAAUCUGGUGACAUAUGGCUCCAAUGUUUGUGCAGGAAAUGACAAAUUAGCUGAAAUGUUGCGGUUAUCGCAAGUUCACAGAUAGUUCACAGGGAUUGGUUGAAUUUGCUCAUUAAUUGCAACAUUGUAACUUCUGUAGGGACCAACAAAUGUCAACCUCAGGGUUCAGGUUCAGGGUUACUGUAUGGGUGGCACUGCAUGAAAAUGUAGGGAACAGUUCUCCUCUGGGAAACAUACAUAUCUGUACAUUAUACUAUGAAUUACAAAGGUGAUAUGUUUUAUCCCAUGCUGCAUAAAUAUCAGGCUCCAGCAGCACAGCUCUGGUGUGAGUCAGCCCUGGAAUGUCGUUUGCUUUGGGUGGUGUCACCAGACAGAAAAAAAACAGAGGAGGGCUUAUUUUACUGUAACUGUGUGAAGUGUCACGGUUGUGAAAGCUGUGUUACGUACUUUGAAACAGCAAGUUACUUGCGUCAAAUGACUGGGUCUGUUAUUAAUGGAGGAGGUGUGGUAGUUUAGUCAGUAGGAAAAGGUGCAGCUUCUGUAGUGGAAUUUGAGCUGAGAUACAAGUUUCAUCCAACACGCAGGUGUACUGUGAGAUGCGGCCAGAUGGAGGCUGGACGGUGUUUCAGAGACGCAGUGGAGGAGCAGUUUCAUUCACCAGGAAAUGGGCUGCAUAUAAAGUUGGUUUUGGAAACCUGACAGAGGACCACUGGCUCGGUCUGAAGAAGGUUCAAUCUCUGACCAAGAACAAGAUCAAGAAGUGGACUUU